CUCGUUUCGAGCCUUUGUACAAGGAUAUUGAUCCGAACGAUGAGGACUUCAGUGAGUUCAACGCCAUUGACCGCAUUAUCUUCCGCGCCCCCAUCCGGACGGAAUACAGAGUCGCAUUUCCAUUUCUUUACAACACUCUUCCGAGGAGUGUAAAAGUUUCUUGGUAUUCACAUCCCCAAGUUGUGUAUGUCCGGACGGAGGACCCGAAUCUCCCAGCCUUCUACUUUGAUCCUGUUAUCAACCCGAUAUCUUCACGAGCUGUCGCGCCAAAGAAUAUCACGGUUAGCAACGAAGAUGAGAUUUUCGGACUGGGAAAUAUGGAAGAUGAGAGUUUUGAGCUGCCAGCGGAGAUUGAACCAUUUUUUGCCGAUGAAGAACUGUACACCCCUGAGACGGCUUCUGCUAUCUCCCUUUGGUGGGCUCCUCACCCAUUCGAUAAACGUUCCGGAAAGAUGGUACGCGCGCAGGAUGUGCCGUUAGUGAAGCAGUGGUACCUAGAGCAUUGCCCCCAAGGCCAGCCGGUCAAAGUCAGAGUAUCCUACCAGAAGCUUCUUAAGACCUACGUCCUUAACGAAUUGCACAAACGCCGACCAAAGGCUCAGAAUAAGCAACAUUUGCUAAAGACCUUGAAAUCAACUAAAUUCUUCCAGCAGACAACAAUAGACUGGGUCGAGGCAGGAUUGCAAGUUUGUCGCCAAGGUUUUAAUAUGCUUAACCUUUUGAUUCAUCGCAAAAAUUUGACAUACUUACAUCUCGAUUACAAUUUCAACUUGAAGCCUGUGAAGACGCUGACAACCAAGGAACGUAAGAAAUCUCGCUUCGGAAACGCCUUCCAUCUGAUGAGAGAGAUAUUACGCUUGACAAAGUUGAUCGUCGAUGCUCAGGUUCAAUAUCGCUUGGGCAACAUCGAUGCAUUUCAACUUGCCGAUGGCAUCCUUUAUGCGUUCAACCAUGUCGGGCAGCUGACCGGUAUGUACCGAUAUAAAUAUAAGUUGAUGCAUCAGAUCCGUUCUUGCAAGGAUCUGAAGCACCUCAUCUACUAUCGGUUCAACUCGGGACCUGUUGGUAAGGGGCCUGGCUGUGGCUUCUGGGCUCCUGCUUGGCGAGUAUGGCUGUUCUUCAUGCGUGGUAUCAUUCCUCUGUUGGAGAGGUGGCUUGGAAAUCUGCUCUCUCGGCAGUUCGAGGGUCGCCACAGCAAGGGAGUUGCGAAGACUGUCACCAAGCAACGUGUAGAGUCUCACUUUGACCUGGAACUCCGCGCGUCUGUCAUGGCGGAUCUCAUGGACAUGAUGCCCGAGGGCAUUAAGCAGAACAAAGUCAACACCGUUCUUCAGCACCUUUCGGAAGCUUGGAGGUGUUGGAAGAGUAACAUUCCCUGGAAGGUGCCUGGUCUUCCAGCUCCCAUCGAAAACAUCAUUCUGCGAUACGUUAAGAGCAAAGCCGACUGGUGGAUAUCUGUUGCUCAUUACAACCGUGAGAGAAUCCGCCGCGGUGCCACCGUUGACAAAACGGUUGCGAAGAAAAACUUGGGCCGCCUUACGCGGCUGUGGCUGAAGGCGGAGCAAGAGCGGCAACACAAUUAUUUGAAGGAUGGCCCUUACGUCUCAUCCGAAGAAGCUGUGGCUAUCUACACCACCAUGGUCCACUGGCUUGAGUCACGGAAGUUCUCUCCUAUUCCUUUCCCAAGUGUGUCUUACAAACAUGACACGAAGAUCCUAAUCCUCGCCUUGGAACGGUUGCGUGAAGCCUACUCCGUGAAGGGGAGACUUAACCAGAGUCAGCGUGAGGAGCUUGCACUUAUUGAGCAAGCAUACGAUUCUCCUGGAACAACUCUGGCGAGAAUCAAGCGGUUCCUACUGACACAGAGAGCAUUCAAGGAAGUUGGGAUCGACAUGAAUGACAAUUAUAGUGAUAUAAACCCAGUAUACGAUGUGGAGCCAAUUGAGAAGAUCACCGAUGCCUACCUGGAUCAGUAUCUCUGGUACCAGGCAGAACAGCGUCAUCUUUUCCCUGCAUGGAUCAAACCAUCUGACUCCGAAGUGCCUCCAUUGCUGACGUACAAAUGGGCACAAGGUAUCAACAACCUGUCGAAUGUCUGGGAGACAGCAGAUGGAGAGACCAAUGUCAUGAUUGAAACCGAGCUUUCCAAGGUCUACGAGAAGAUUGACCUGACCUUAUUGAAUCGUCUACUUCGGCUAAUUAUGGACCACAAUUUGGCCGAUUACAUCACCUCGAAGAACAACGUGCAGCUUAACUAUAAGGACAUGAACCAUACCAACAGUUACGGGUUGAUCCGGGGUCUCCAAUUUUCCGGCUUUGUCUUCCAGUACUAUGGUUUGAUGAUUGACUUGCUGCUUCUCGGGUUGCAACGAGCUAGUGAAAUGGCCGGUCCACCACAGAGUCCCAAUGACUUCCUACAAUUCAGAGACCGUGCCACGGAAACUAAGCAUCCGAUCCGCCUUUACACCCGCUACAUCGAUAAGAUUUGGGUAUUCUUCAGGUUCUCAGCGGACGAAUCUAGGGAUCUAAUCCAGCGUUUCCUGACUGAGAAUCCCGAUCCCAAUUUUGAAAAUGUUAUUGGCUAUAAGAAUAAGAAGUGCUGGCCUCGUGACUGCAGAAUGCGCCUGAUGAGACACGAUGUUAACUUGGGUCGUGCUGUAUUCUGGGACUUGAAAAACCGCUUGCCACGGUCUAUUACUACGAUUGAAUGGGACGAUACUUUUGCUAGCGUCUACAGCAGGGACAACCCGAACCUCUUGUUCUCAAUGUCCGGGUUCGAGGUUCGUAUUCUACCGAAGAUUCGCAAUCUGAAUGAAGAAUUUUCUGUCAAGGACAGUGUUUGGUCGCUGGUCGACAAUAGUACGAAGGAAAGGACAGCACACGCCUUCCUUCAAGUCACGGAGGAAGAUAUUCAGAAAUUCAAUAACCGCAUUCGGCAAAUCCUAAUGUCUUCUGGAUCAACUACUUUCACCAAGAUUGCGAAUAAAUGGAACACUGCACUAAUCGCACUCUUCACGUACUACCGUGAGGCAGCUGUGUCGACUGUCAAUCUGCUGGACACCAUCGUCAAAUGCGAAACGAAGAUUCAAACUCGAGUCAAGAUUGGUCUGAACUCCAAGAUGCCCUCGCGUUUCCCUCCAGCUGUCUUCUACACUCCUAAGGAGCUAGGUGGCUUGGGUAUGAUCUCCGGAUCUCACAUCCUCAUCCCCGCCAGUGAUAAGCGAUGGUCAAAACAGACAGAUACUGGCAUUACCCAUUUCCGCGCGGGUAUGUCUCAUGAUGAGGAGACUCUUAUCCCUAAUAUCUUCCGUUACAUCAUUCCUUGGGAAGCCGAAUUUAUCGACUCUCAACGUGUCUGGAUGGAGUAUUCUCAGAAGCGACAGGAGGCUCAGCAACAGAACAGGCGCCUGACACUCGAGGAUUUGGAAGAUAGCUGGGACCGUGGUCUUCCGCGUAUCAAUACCCUCUUCCAGAAGGACCGAAGCACUCUCAGCUUCGACAAGGGCUUCCGUGUGAGGUCAGAGUUCAAGCAGUAUCAGCUUAUGAAGAGCAAUCCAUUCUGGUGGACUAGUCAGAGACACGACGGUAAACUCUGGAACCUGAAUGCUUACCGCACUGACGUUAUCCAGGCUCUUGGAGGUGUGGAGACGAUUUUAGAACAUACUCUCUUCAAGGCCACCGCUUUCCCAUCUUGGGAGGGUCUUUUCUGGGAAAGAGCAUGUCUUGCCAAGGGAACACGGUUGCUGCGGUACGAUGGUACUGAGGUUGAGGUCCAGGAUGUCCGAGAGGGAGACCUGCUUCUCGGUCCUGAUGGCGGGCCUCGUCGCGCUUUCAACAUUGUUAAUGGUCAAGACCGCCUGUAUCGCAUCAAGAUUGGCGCAGGUAAAGAAGAUCUUGUGGUUACGCCGAACCAUAUCCUGGUUCUUCACCGGGUGAAGAUGAGCGAAAAUGUACAAACAGGGCCUGAAGUUUCAGCAGAGUGCUACGACACUGUGGAGAUGACUGCCACGGAGUUCGCUGCUCUUGACCCUAAAGAAAGGAGCCGGUAUCGAGCCUUCAGAUCUCCUACCUUUGGGCAGUCCGAACAGGCAGCGCGGGAGAAGGUUUCCCAAUCCCAUAAUUUCUCUAUCGAGGAUAUUAGUCUUGAGGCCGAGGCGACAGAGUGGGCCGGCUUCCGAGUCGAUAAAGACCAACUGUACCUGCGACACGAUUAUCUGGUUCUGCACAACAGUGGUUUUGAGGAGUCGAUGAAGUUCAAGAAAUUGACAAAUGCGCAGAGGUCAGGUUUGAAUCAAAUUCCUAACCGUCGGUUUACUCUUUGGUGGUCUCCGACUAUCAACCGCGCCAACGUCUAUGUUGGUUUCCAAGUGCAAUUAGAUCUUACUGGAAUAUUUUUGCAUGGCAAGAUCCCGACACUGAAGAUCUCUUUGAUUCAGAUUUUCCGUGCUCAUUUGUGGCAGAAGAUUCAUGAGUCUGUUGUCAUGGAUUUGUGCCAAGUUUUCGAUCAAGAGCUGGAACAACUUGGCAUUGAAGCUGUCCAGAAGGAGACGAUUCAUCCGCGCAAGUCCUACAAGAUGAACAGCUCGUGCGCAGAUAUUCUUCUCUUCGCUACAAAUAAAUGGAAUGUGACAAGGCCGUCCCUUCUGUUCGAUACGAAGGAUGUGUACGAGCCUACCACGACGAACAAGUUCUGGCUGGACGUACAGUUGAGGUAUGGGGACUAUGACUCCCACGACAUUGAAAGAUAUGUCCGUGCCAAGUACCUUGACUAUACGACAGAUAGCAUGAGCAUCUAUCCGUCAGCUACCGGGUUGAUGAUUGGCAUCGAUCUUGCAUACAAUCUUUAUUCGGCGUACGGUCAAUACUUCCCUGGCCUGAAGACGUUGAUUCAGCAAGCCAUGGCGAAGAUCAUGAAAGCGAACCCGGCUUUGUAUGUGCUGAGAGAACGCAUCCGGAAGGGUCUGCAGCUUUAUGCUUCUGAGAGCAACCAGGAGUUCCUAAAUUCGCAGAACUAUUCCGAGCUGUUCAGCCCACAGAUUCAGCUGUUCAUUGAUGACACCAAUGUUUACCGUGUCACUAUCCACAAGACCUUCGAAGGGAAUCUUACGACAAAGCCGAUCAACGGUGCUAUCUUCAUCUUCAAUCCUCGGACUGGGCAGCUCUUCUUGAAGAUCAUUCAUACCAGCGUCUGGGCAGGACAAAAGCGUCUGGGUCAGCUCGCCAAGUGGAAGACUGCAGAAGAAGUAGCAGCACUUAUUCGAUCCUUGCCAGUUGAAGAGCAGCCGAAGCAGCUCAUUGUUACUCGGAAGGGUCUCCUUGAUCCUCUGGAAGUUCACCUGCUUGAUUUUCCCAACAUCUCCAUUCGAGCUUCUGAGCUGCAGCUCCCAUUCCAGGCUGCCAUGAAGGUCGAGAAACUAGCAGAUAUGAUUCUCCGUGCAACAGAGCCUCAGAUGGUUCUGUUCAACCUGUAUGAUGAGUGGCUGAAGUCAAUUUCGCCCUACACCGCAUUCUCCAGAUUGAUCCUCAUUCUUCGAGCUCUUCAUGUUAACAACGAUAAAGCUAAGAUCAUUCUCCGGCCUGAUAAGACUGUUAUCACCCAGGAGCAUCACAUCUGGCCUUCGCUGUCCGACGAGGACUGGAUUAAGGUUGAAGUACAAUUGCGUGAUCUGAUUCUUAAUGACUACGGCAAGAAGAACAAUGUGAACGUGCAGAGUUUGACGAGCAGCGAAGUCAGGGAUAUCAUUCUGGGUAUGGAGAUCAGCGCUCCUUCUUUGCAGCGACAACAGGCAGCAGAGAUCGAGAAACAAGAGCAGGAACAGAAGCAGCUCACUGCCGUCACUACGAAGACACAGAACGUCCGUGGCGAGGAUAUCAUUGUUACCACCACGUCUCAGUACGAGCAGCAAUCCUUUGCGUCGAAGACUGAAUGGCGUACACGGGCGAUUGCGACGUCCAAUCUCCGUACGAGAGCGAACAACAUAUAUGUCUCCUCGGAUGAUAUCCGUGAGGAUGGCUAUACUUAUGUUAUGCCUAAGAAUAUUCUUCGCCGGUUUAUCAUGAUUAGCGAUCUUCGUGUGCAGGUUUGCGGAUAUCUCUACGGCAGCUCCCCGUCGGACAACGACCAGGUCAAGGAAAUUCGCACCAUCGUCAUGGUCCCGCAGGUCGGCAACACUCGUGACAUUCAACUUCCCCAUGAGCUACCCCAGCAUGACUAUCUGAAUAAUCUUGAACCUCUCGGAAUUAUUCAUACCAUCUCUGGCAAUGAGCCUCCGUACAUGACCGCUGGGGAUGUUACGCAGCAUGCCCACCUAAUGAAUGCGCACUCUUCAUGGGAUAAAAAGACGGUGACCAUGACCGUUUCUUUCACUCCAGGAUCCGUCUCGCUUGCAGCCUGGACUCUUACUCCUCAAGGUUACAAGUGGGGAGCAGAGAACAAAGACACUACAUCUGACCAGCCACAGGGCUUCUCUACAAACAUGGGUGAAAAGUGCCAGCUGUUGCUCAGCGACAGGAUCCGCGGCUACUUCCUGGUUCCCGAAGACAAUGUGUGGAACUACAGCUUCAUGGGCAGUGCAUUCGGCAGUGUCGAGAAGAGACCGGUGUAUGUGAAGAUCGAUACACCUAUCAGGUUCUACGACGAUCAGCACCGUCCUUUACAUUUCCAGAACUUCGCCGAGCUGGAGGAUAUCUGGGUUGACCGGACGGAUAAUUUCGCGUAGAAAGUAGAAUGGCGUUGUGAAUUCAGUCUUGUGUUUUUCCCCCCCUUUCUAUGUUGUUUUGUUUUGCUGCAUCUUCUCAUUAUCUGUUUUCAAAUUCUUGUACAGUACAGCUUAAUAUCCUGAAUGAAGCAGUUGUAUGAAUAGCAAUAGCAGCUCUUAGAGGGCUAGCCCUUG